AUGCCCAAGUCAGUCAGCAUCUCGCAGAUAGAGGGCAAGCCCGGCAAGGUCUACUACCCUCUGUCACUUGAUGAGGUGCCAAAGCCUUCACCCAAGGAUGGCGAGGUACUAGUGCAGAUACAUGCUGCAGCUCUGAACCAUAGGGACCUCUUCAUUCGACAGCACCUCUACCCAGGCACAGCCUUCGGUGUUCCCCUUCUUGCCGAUGGCUGCGGUACGGUCGUCGAGGUUGGCAAAGGAGCCGAUUCGAGCUGGAAAGGCAAGAGAGUAGUCAUCAACCCAGGUGAAGGUUGGAGCGACUCGCUGGAAGGUCCUGAAGAGAAGGGUGGCUACAAAAUACUGGGUGGCACAAAGACGAUACCAAACGGCACACUACAAGAGUAUAUGGUUGUCAAACAGACAGAACUCGAAGAAGCUCCUGAGCAUCUGAGCAGUGUCGAGGCCGCCGCAGUGCCCUUGACAGGUCUAACUGCAUGGCGCGCCGUGAUGGUUAAAUGUGGUGCACACAAUAUCGGUCCAGGCAAGAACGUACUUGUGACGGGUAUUGGUGGAGGUGUAGCCCUUAUGGCGCUAGAAUUCGCUCGAGCUGCUGGAGCAAACGUUUUCGUAACAAGCGGUAGCGAAGAGAAGAUCAACAAGGCAAAGCAGCUUGGAGCAAAAGGUGGAGUCAACUACAAGGAAGAAGGCUGGGACAAGAAGUUGCUCGGUAUGCUGACUACUGAGAAGAAAGAGUUCGAUGCUAUCGUUGACGGCGCUGGUGCGGACAUUGUCGAAAAGAGUGCCAGGCUAUUGAAGGCUGGAGGUGUUAUUGCGAUCUACGGCAUGACUACGGGCCCGAAAGCCCCCUUCUUGAUGCAGGCGGUAUUAAAGAACAUCGAAGUGAAAGGUUCGACUAUGGGCUCUCGCAAAGAGUUUACCGAUAUGAUAGACUUCAUUAAGAAGACGAAAGCUAAGCCAGCUGUUUCAAACGUCGCCCAGGGACUGGAUCUUGAAAAGAUCAAUGGCUUAUUUGAGGAAAUGAAGAAGGGUUCGCAGUUUGGCAAGCUAGUUGUUGAAGUAUCUAGCAGCAAAAGUAAGUUGUAA